AUGUUGGACACGAAGCGCGGCAGGCGCUGGAAAUGGCUGCAUUUUCGCCCGCCUCGUUUUAUUUGCCCGUUUCUCGCGCCGGCGUCCCCACGCCGGCCUCGGCAUGGACUCUCCCUCGCACCCUCCCUACCUCCAUCUACGGUCUUCCUUGCCGGCAAUCCUCGACCUGCACACGAUGGCCUCACUCCCCGCUCGUCGCUUGCGCUUUCCUCAUUGCACCGCGCAGCCGACGCGCGAGACCCGCCCCCUCUCGUCCGCGGGGGCCCCGGCGCGGAUCUCAAUUCGGCGCCGGUCCCACCUUGGAAAUCAAGCGUCCCUGAUCGAGUCGGCACCCUUGCACGAUCGCGGUCUUCGAAUCCACACUUCGCUUGGCUCUCCACCACCCCCGGUGCGCCUCCAGGCUCAGACACGUCCCAGUCGGCUCAGGGCGCGCGUCGGCGGACGCAUUCGGUGACGGGCUACCGUAUCUCGUCAUAG